AUGCUGAAUUUGAGUGUGAAUGCCUCAAUUCGGCACCACUGGUAUUCUUUAGCCAUCUUUAUCCCUACACGUGGCUUUGAGCCCUCCCACACAAGCCGCGGUCGUGGUAUGCUCACUCACGAUUCCGGAGGAGGUGGAGAUCGAGGGGGUGAUGGAUGGAGAAGGUGUCAGGUAUUGGGAGGAAAGAACCAGGGUGUUGAAAGAAUCAGGUGCGGACGCAAGAUCUGUGAAGCAUAUCGGGAAAGAGAAACCAGUGCGGGAGGACGAGGGAGAGGGGGAGGGGAAGAGAGCAUCAGGAGACGAGUUCUUGAAGGAGGUGAUGGAGGCGGUGCGGCUCACACGACAACCGACCCCCUGGAUGGUCCGGCGGGAGAAGCUGGUGAGAAUCAUAAAGCACGACAUGGAGAGGAUGAACUCAAGACCCGGGAGCUUUGUAGCGGAGAGCCUGCGCUACAACCAGAACUUGGCAAGAGCGUAUCUGCGCUUCGGCUUACAAAGAUGCCCAUCGAAAGACGAGCUGGCGAUCCGAGAGAAUCGCAUGCUGCGGAGGAAGAUGAUGAUGUUGAGCCAAGAAGAGUAGUCACCAAGAACCCAAACAUCAAUCGAGUGGAAACCCGCACAACACAAGGUCAGGAGGCAAGUACGGAGGAGCAAGAGAGAGCAGAGCAGAAAAGCCUUAUGAAUGCUUGCUGGCUAAGCUCUGGAGCAGCAUUGCAAGAAUGGGUACAGUCAUUGGAACAAAGCCUCACGUGCACAUGCGCAUGUGAUGACGUAUUUGCGAAGAAACGAUUUUGUGAACAAAACCAUGAAUCAUGACUGUGUGAAUAUGAAUUUACGAUAUAUUUAUGUAUGUAUGCAUGUAAAUAUAUAAAUCUAUAUAUAUAUAUAUAUAUAUAUUUAUUUACUCA